AUGGUAACACAGGAGCAGGUUCUUGCUGCACCAAAGAUAAAUGUGCGACGUUUUGUUGAAAUUAUCACUUCACCCGUAUUUCCGGAGCAGGAAUCUAAGGAAUGGGUUCUUCAACAUCAGAAUUUCGCCAUUCAAGCGUGCUUUGCAUACUUUCUUGUUAUCUUUGGAAUAAAAUAUGUUGUUAUGCGAAAUCGGGCACCGUUUAAUUUGACAUUACCGCUGAAUAUUUGGAAUGCACUUCUUGCACUGUUCAGCAUUAUGGGGACUGUUAUGCUUUUUCCAGAAUUUAUUGGUACUAUUCAAAAUAAUGGCUUCCAAGCUUCGUACUGUAAAGUUUACGGUUUCACCAAGGGAUCGAACGGUUUCUGGGGUUGGCUGUUCAUUGUAUCAAAGCUGUUCGAAUUGGCUGAUACCGUAUUUCUGGUUUUGCGAAAAAAACCACUCAUGUUUCUUCACUGGUACCACCACAUUCUUACACUUAUUUAUGCUUUCUACUCGUAUCCACAUACUCCUGGAUUUAACCGUUGGGGCAUUUUCAUGAAUUUCUUCGUACAUGCGUUUAUGUACAGUUAUUAUUUCCUGUGUUCCAUGAAAAUGCGGAUUCCACGCCGUGUCGCAAUGUUUAUAACAUCGCUUCAAAUCCUUCAAUUUGUGCUCAGUGUUUUGAUACUUGCACACCUUGGAAUACUAAUUUAUGUCAGGAAGGUGGACUGUGAUUUCGAUGACAGCAUUUUCAAGUUAGCACUCUUCAUGGAUAUUACUUAUUUGAUUCUUUUCGUCAAUUUUUUCUGCAAAGCUUAUGUAUUCGGCGGUGGUAAAUCGAAAUACAAAAUUGACAAAAAGAAACAGUAA